AUGGCUCGCAGACUCUGCUUCUCCUACUGGCUGUUGGUCUGCUGGGUGGUGGUAACUGUGGCAGAAGGACAAAAAGAGGGGGCCACCCCUCCUGGAGGCUCACAAGAUAAUGGAGGUCCUACAGACUGCCAGAUCUUUACGCUCAGCCCUCCACCCCCCAGGAGGAAUCCAGUGACAAGGAUCCAGCUCGUCACAAGGACACCUAAAUAUUUUCCCAGGGGAAGACUCUGGAGAGGAAGCUCAUCUGAGGAAAGCAGAUAGAAAGAGAAGCCCCAAAUAUGCUGAAGCAAAAGAAGCCAGUGCCUCAGAGAAGACUAUAAACAGAUUUCUGCUUUCUUCUUCCAAACUAAAACAACUGGACUUGAAGUACCUUAAACACCACAGACUAGAAAUUGUUCUUCUUGUCAGCAGGGAAGAUAUCGGUUUAGAGGUUAUUCAGGUUUGCAAAAUGGGAGCAAUAACUGCAUUACCCUUAUCCCCAACUUUUUAAGAUCACAGGAUAUUGAUGCAAAUAAAAGCCUAAAAUGGGUAGUUCCAAGAAUUCCUCUACAUACUGAGAUGCCAGAAGAAUCAGCUGUCUUCUAAAUUCAAGUGAAAAGCAUUUAAAUAAAUUGAUAUAAACCAAUGAAGACAAUAAUGACACCCUUUUUACUCACUGUAAAUGCGCCCUGCUCUGUAAGUUUUCCAAAGUAAACUUUAAAGGAAAUUGUAGAAAACUGAUAGUUUUAUUUUAUUCUCU